AUGUCAAAAUACAAAUGGAGCGACCUUUUAGAUAUAAACUCCAAAACUAAAGCUUAUAACUCUCCGCUUUCAUGUAUAGCACAUAUCGAUAUCAACGCUUUUUUCGCCCAAGUCGAGCAAAUAAGAUGUCACUUCAGCGUUGAAGAUCCGGUAGUAUGUGUACAAUGGAAUUCCAUAAUUGCAGUUUCGUACGCUGCUCGUAAAUACGGCAUCACUCGAAUGGACUCAGUUUUUGACGCCAUGAAGAAAUGUGAUAAACUGGUUCCGGUUCACACAGCUGUAUUUCGUAAGGGAGAGGAUUUUUGGCAAUACCGUGAUGAUUGUGGCUCAUGGUAUAUUGAGGAGGACAAGAAGCUCAGUCCUGAGAAUUUCAAAGUUUCACUGGACCCGUACCGCAGGGAGAGCCGCAAAGUUUCUAAGAUAUUCCAUAAAUGGUGCGACUUGGUCGAAAAGGGUAGUGUAGACGAAGUUUUCCUGGAUAUGGGUCGCACAGCGUUUUCUUCGUUACUUUUAGAUGACGAGUAUGAAGAUUUUGUGGCAAUUCGAAACCAAUUCAAGAAUGGCGAGUACGACUUGGACGAUUAUCUACCGCCACUACCGAGAAAUCUGAAAAUCGCGUUCAGAGCUGGUGAAGACUACAAUUCCGAACCACGGGCCGUCUUUCAAGACUGGGAUGAUGUCAUUUUUUGUCUGGCAGCGGAUAUGACCUUCAAAAUUCGUAAAGACAUAAGUGAUGUCCUGGGCUACACAACUUCGUGCGGCGUCGCACGGACUAAGACCAUGGCCAAACUGGGAUCCAACUUUAAGAAACCCGACGCCCAGACGAUUAUUAGGAACACAAACAUUGCAAGUUUUUUGGACAACGAAAGCUCAGAGCUAACGUCGUUCUGGAGCAUGGGGGGGAUGAUAGGAAAGGAACUCACGCUUCUUCUGGAAUUGCCGUCUGAACAACCGCUUCGACAUAUAAGAGAAGCAUGGCCAGUCUCGAGCGACGAUUUGACAGCAUUUAUUAAAGAAAGAACACGGAUUAAGACUGACGCUAAUGAGAGGUUUCACAAUCUUCCACCCGAGAACCUUCAACAGCUAAGCGAAAAGGUUUUUCAAUUGGCGCGAGGAGAUUAUAGGAUACCUCUCAAUCCUCGUCCAAUGAUUCGUUCAAUGAUGUCUAACAAGAAUUUGCGCGGCGAUUCUUGUAAACACUAUCAAGACUGUUUGGCCUGGUUGGAAGUGUUUAGCGGUGAACUAACAUCCCGAGUUAAAGAACUAGAGCAAGAGUACGAACGCAUUUUCGUGCCCAAGACUAUGUCAAUUUCGACCAGAACUUCUGAUUUCCAAAAACAUAGUAGAAGUUCAGGUAUUGUCACGGCGGGCGUAGCUAAGGCCAAGGAUUUCAUGGAGCUAGGCACAAAGUUGAUAAAAGACUUGGACGUCAAGUAUGGACACACAAAGGGUUUUUAUCCUUUGACCAACAUCAACAUGGUGAUAUCGAAUUUCGAAAUACUGGAAACUGGAAAAACCAUAGUGGACAUGUUUGGAAAACAAGCGCAAGUGAUUCGCCGCACUCGCGACGACUUUUUAGACACAAAGGACGAUAACCUCCCGUCAAUUGAAGAGAAAUUUAAGAAAGAGUUGCGGUGUGAACCUUGCAAAUUAGACUUCGAUGACGAAUUGGCUUUCAAAGAGCAUAGCGAUUUUCAUUACGCUAUGAAACUGUCCGAAAACCUAAAUGGCGUCAACGAAAACUCACAAAAUCUCUCCUACGGCGAGCGGAAAUUACUAUUUGCCAACGGAAAACGUGCCGCUGUCGCAUCAAAGCAAACAAGAAGCAAGAAGCGACAAUCCACUGGGUCGACGGGCAGUAUUUAUAACUACUUCAACAAAUAA